AUGUCGAAUUCUGCAGUACAAGCUUAUGGUGGCGAUGAGAUUACGGCAAUAAUCAUUGACCCAGGAUCAUUCACAACUAACAUUGGUUAUUCCGGUACGGACUGCCCUCAGGCAAUUCUGCCAUCAAAGUAUGGUCAAUUUACCAAUGAUAGCUCUAAACCGGUUAUUUUUAAUGAACAAGCGAUGAUGAUACCUAGAGAAGACUAUGAAAUUAAAAACAUUGUUGCUAAUGGCGAAGUUGUAGAUUGGGAUAAAGCCCAAGAACAGUGGGAAUGGGCAAUUAAGUCUGAGUUGAAGUUUGAGUCUAAUAAAGGACUGCCAGCAUUUGUUACUGAGCCAAUUUGGAAUUCCGAAGAUAAUAGGAAGAAGCUUCUGGAAGUACUUCUAGAAGGUAUGGAUUUUGAGGCAUGUUAUGUCACACCGAUUGCAACGGCUGUAUCUUUUGCAAUGGGCCGUCCUACUUGUCUGGUAGUUGACAUUGGACAUGAUGUGACAUCUGUUAGUCCUGUUAUUGACGGUAUGACCUUGUCGAAAAGUUCUCGUAGAAGUUACAUUGCUGGUGCGUUGUUGAAUGAGUUAAUCAAGAAGAGGCUCGCGCCAAAGGAGGUAAUUCCACUUUUCCAGGUUGCGAAGAAGCGUCCCGAGUUUGUAAGACGUAAGUUUGAUUUUGAUAUCCAUCCUUCGUUGGUGCAUAUGGCAAAUGAGAGACAGUUUUUUCAGGAAUUCAAGGAAACACUGCUACAAGUGGCUCCUACGACGUUAGAUAAGUUCAAACCUGAGCUUGAACAACUAGCAAAGAGAUCAGUCGAAGCACCUUGGGGCGAGGAGCUUGUAUUUGACAGUGUGUCCCGUUUUUCGUAUGCUGAGCAACUAUUUAGACCUGACGGCUCACAGUUUCCUAGUGAAUGGCCGGUUUCUGUUGAUGGUAUUGUUGAAACUUGGCACAAUGACUAUAUUCCAUUGAAAAGAAAUAAGCCAGGUGCUGCUAAUAGUACUAAGGAGAAAGAAGGUACUGCAGAUGCUACCCCUAUCCCUGAUGAAAGUAGCGUUACGCCUUCUGAGCAUGUAAAUGAAAAUGGCAAGAGAGCAAUAGAGGAAGACGCAGCCGAGGCCAAAAAUGAAAUUGCCGGACUUGCAGAUUUAAUACAUUCGUCCAUAAUGUCUACCGAUGUUGACUUGCGUACGACCCUUGCUCAUAAUGUUGUUAUUACUGGUGGAUCAUCAGCCAUUCCUGGCUUGACUGAUCGGAUUUUAGCAGAACUUAAUAUAUCGCUACCAGCGCUCAAGUUUAGAAUGUUAGCUUCGGGGCAAACAAGAGAACGACAAUACCAAGCAUGGCUCGGUGGAAGUAUCCUGGCAAGUCUGGGAACUUUCCAUCAGCUAUGGGUUGGUAAGGAGGAAUACGCGGAAGUGGGCGCUGACAGGCUCUUGAAGGAUAGAUUUAGGUAG